CUUUAUCAUACCUUCUAGCAUAUCCUUUUACUGAUCCAUGAUGAAGAUACAUGCUGCACUGUGUGUAAUUUCUAGUUUCGCGGCUAUUUCUGUCACAGAAACCUUUGCGCCUGAUUGUUACGGUGUCAAUGCUGUGAGUGUUCGAUGCUUAUCAAAAGAAACGCUGUAUAGACGUGAUGCUUUCUAUGUCGGUGGUCGUUACAUCCAGACCGCACUCGGAAACGUAACCAUAGAUCAAAUUUACGUCGAAAAGCUUUCGCCACCAGGGAGAACAUUGCAACCACAUCCUCUGGUAUUCUUUCACGGCGGGGGAACAUCGGCAGUAUCAUGGUUGAACACACCUGAUAAUAGAAAGGGGUGGGCAACUUAUUUUGUCGAGAAAGGGUAUACUGUUUACUUAGUCGAUGCGUAUAGCGGAGCCCGUAGUGCAGCAAAUGAUUUCAGCCAGUAUUCUAUGAACUCCGGAAUCUCAGCAGAGCUUGCGCAAGCCGGCUUUACCGCUUCUUCCAUAAAGCACACCCAAUGGCCGGGCAGCGGUAUCGACAAUGGCGACCCCACUUUUGACGCAUUUAAAAAGACCUUGAUUCCGUGGACUACGAGUUUUGUUCAGCAAGAACUUGCAAUGCGCACUUCCGGUUGUGAGCUGUUACGUUUGCUGGGAAGUCCGGCAUUCCUAAUAUCCCACUCCCUCGGUUCAUUCUACCCGAUUUUGCUCUCAAAUGAUUGCCCACACCUGGUGAAAGGUAGCAUCAAUUUGGAAGCAGCCACUACGCCGUUCUGGAGAUAUAAUGUUGGCAGCUUGGGUGGUGUGCCACAGUCCCCAUGGGGCUUGACUUUUUCGCCUCUUUCAUAUGAUCCUCCAGCGAGAAACGCAUCAGAACUCGUGAUACAAUCCAUCGGCAACGAUACGAUUGAACAUCGAACCUGCUAUCGACAAGCCGAGCCAGCACGUCGAUUGCCAAACGUGUCAAGUGUGCCCUACUUAGGCAUUACAAGCGAGGGAAGUAACCAUAUCACAUUUGGACAUUGUAUCAUCGAUUACCUGAAGCAAGUUGGUGGAAGACCAGGGUGGAUUAAGCUUGCAGACAUUGGCAUAAGAGGUAAUGGGCAUUUCAUGCACGUUGAGUUAAACAAUCUGCAAAUUGCUAGCCUGGUAGAUGAUUGGAUAGUAAAGGAAGUAAGGUUAGGAUAACAAGAGCAAGGUACAGUGACUGUCACAGCUAAUCCC